UUUAAAAAGAACAAUAUAUUACUUUUGAUUUGCUGUAGUAGUAUAGUGCCGAAGACGAACAAUUGGGGAAAUAGGGUUAGGGUUUAUGCGAUCUGUGAUGGGACAACGCAGAGGAGUUCGUGUAUCUAUUUCGAAGGAACGGGGUCCCAAAAAACCUAGCCUCAUCGAGAAUCCAACAGCUGAUGAUCGAAUCUCCGAUGGCAGCGGCGGAUUGGUUCAGCAGGCGGCAGUUUCGACCUCCGGCGUCGAUGGAGGAUCGCCGGUGCCGAUGAACCGGGAUUCCGAGAGCGGCGACUCCAUGCGUGAGCCAUACCAACAACCGGCAGGCCCGCAAUUGAGUCAGGAACUGGUGACUCAGUACAAGACGGCGUUAGCAGAGCUUACUUUCAACUCAAAGCCAAUAAUAAUGAACUUGACGGUUCUCGCCGGUGACAGUUCGCGUGCUGCGGAGGCCAUUGCAGACACUAUCUGCACCAAUAUUAUUGAGGUUCCUAGUGAGCAAAAAAUACCUUCUCUGUAUUUAUUAGACAGUAUUGCGAAGAACAUUGGGAAGGAUUACGUAAAAUGCUUUUCUUCAAGAUUACCGGAGGUUUUCUGCGAGGUGUAUAGGCAGGUCGAUCCUUCGAUGCAUAAGGGUAUGUGCCACCUUCUCGGCACCUGGAAUAGCAUAUUCCCUUCUCAGACAAUUGAGUUGAUUGAGAAAGAGCUUGAAUCUACCAAGAAUGUACAUGAUAACGAGUCGAAGGAAGAUAAUAAAGCCUCAGCCGAUUCUAAAUCUUCUUCAGAGUCUGAUUCUCUGAUUCAACAACACGAAGAGAAAGAACAGCUUCUGCGGGUCCCGCCCUACAAAAAGGGAUUGGCAGUAUUCGACCUCGUCUUACGCAUAAGUGCCACCUUAGCAGCUAUAGCCGCCACAUUCACCAUGGGAACCAAAGGGCACCCCCUUCCAUUAUUCACCCAGUUCUUCCAGUUCUUUGCACAAACCAUGUUGAUAGUUUCUGGAUUCCUUACUAUCUCUGUGCCCGUCUCCAUUGGCUGCACUUUUAGACCUGUAGAUGCUGUUCUACGCCGCUUCCUCAUUUUCUACGACGCAGUGAUGGUUUCGUUGACUAUUCCUGUGGCGGGAGCAUUGUCUACGAUCGUGUACUUGCUGCACAAUGGUGACUCUGAUGCGAAUUGGCUGGCAAUUUGCCCGCAGUUUGAUUCUUUCUGCCGGAGGACUAGCGGAGCUGCGGUGGUGUCGUAUGUCUUGGUGGUGUCGUAUGUCUUGGUGGUGAUGCUCGUUUUUCUGAUGGUGCUCUCCGCUGCUGCUCUAAGGAAACCUUAAUCAACAUAUUUAUGUUCCAAUGUUGAUCAAUUUGAUUUUAGUUUUUCUCUUGGAAUUUUCUAGUUAAAUAAAUAAAUCAAAUGAAAAAAAUGCAAUUUAUUAAUUUUUU